AUGGAAGACGGAGAUAUCGAAAUAUUAUAUAAUCAAAGGGUUAAGGGUAGUAACUUCUUUGAUUUUACUGCAACGGAUUUUGAGAGAUGGGGAAUACCGGGUGGACCAGCUAAAGAAAUCGAAAAGCUGAUUAAUAAAAUUCAAGGAGCUCAACCCGUUGCUGCCGGCACUUCAAAAUCAAACACCGGACUUGUGUCCGUUUUUGCGGACAAUUCCAACUUGUUUAUCGAAGGAAAGUAUACUAUAGGUCAAAUAGAAAAGGCAGGCACAUUUGAUCAACAGAGAAAUUCCUUUUACCUCAACCAGCUUCACAUUGACCAUGGUCGUCUUCUAUCAACAAUAUUGAAAGGACGACAAAUGGGUAGCAAUCCAAUUAUUGUUGGCUCUCGUCCGCCACCGAACGAUUCGUUGUGGAAGCAGAUCAGAAAUCAAGGUUAUGAUGUGGUCGUUUACGAUCGAAAUAUCGAAAAUAAAGAAAAAAAAGUGGAUAUGGCUCUCGGGGUUUCUGCAAUGAAUGUCAUCUGGUCUAAUGAUCUCGGCGUACUCGUCCUAAUAGCUGGUGAUGGGGAUUAUGAACCUGUAAUAAAUGAGGCUCUGAAACGCAAGUGGAAGGUUGAAAUCUGGUUUUGGUCAUCAGGAAUAUCCGGUGAUCUCAUGAGAAAAUCCAUUUUUUAUUCUCUGGAUAAUUUCUAUCGACAUUUUACAUAUGCGUACGGACAAGACCCCAUUGGAAAAAAUUAUACCCUUGAAAUAACUGACGGUGAAACGAUUGGAAAAUGGGGGGAUGAUGAAGUAAUGAAUUGUUUUGUUCCAUUAAAGUUAUAUGGAUGGUGGUACCGGAAAGAAAGACAUAUUAUAUCUUUGUACUUCGAUAACAAAGCGAAUUUGGAAAAGGCAAAAAAUUGGGUAGAGAUUGAAUAUCCUGAUAUACAGGUUUGGGAAGUAGAAAAGAG